AUCAAGUCAAAUAAGGCAGUCAAAUAGUCAAGCAACACAAGACACUUACAGGCAAGAUGAACAGGAUGUUGAAACCGCACUCUCUUACAACAUUUACCAGGAAGAGACUGACUUAGUGUUUCUUAUUUCCUGUUUGACUCUUUUCUCAGUGUCAAUAAUCAAUGGAGAACAAAUGCAAACAUUUUUGAGAAGGAUUUUUUAGAAAAGUUUUGUUUGUUUGUUUUUUGAACAGACAGCAGCUCUUUGUCCUUGUGGCUAUUUUAUUUUAUUUAUUUUUUUAACUAUAUAUCAGAAAGUGAAAGUAAAGUUCAGAUAGCUGAAGCUCAAAGAGUGAAAAUGGAUUCACUAUCCUCAGAUGAUUUUUCUUGUCCUGUGUGUUAUGAAAUCUUCAAGGAUCCUGUUGUUUUAUCAUGUAGUCACAGUUUCUGUAAAGAGUGUCUUCAACAGUUCUGGAGAACCAAGGAAACUCAGGAGUGUCCUGUCUGCAGGAGAAGAUCCUCAAGAGAUGAUCCUCCAUGCAAUCGCGCGCUAAAAAACUUGUGUGAGUCGUUCCUGAAGGAGAGAAAUGAGAGGUGUUCAUCAGGGUCUGAGGAGAUCUGCAGUUUACACAGUGAGAAACUCAAACUCUUCUGUCUGGAGGACAAACAGUCGGUGUGUUUAGUGUGCAGAGAUUCACAGAAACACGUCAAUCACACAUUCAGACCCAUCGGUGAAGCUGUUCCAUUGUAUAAGGAGGAGCUCAAAACAGCGCUGAAGUCCUUACAAGAGAUACUUAAACACAGUAAACACCUUAAAGGAGAAUUUGAGAAAACAGUUCAACACAUCAAGUCUCAAGCUGAGCACACUGAGCGUCAGAUUAAACAGCAGUUUGAGAAGCUUCAUCAGUUUCUCAGCGAUGAAGAAGAAGCUACAAUCACUGCACUGAGGGAGGAAGAGGAGCAGAAGAAGCAGAUGAUGAAGGAGAAGCUGGAGGAGAUCAAUAGAAACAUCUCAGCUCUUUCAAACACAAUCAAAGACACGGAGGAGAUGAUGAAAGACAAUGAUGUCUGCUUUCUAAAGAAGUUUCCAGUCUCAAUGGAAAGAGUCCAGAUCUCAUCACAGCCGGAUCCACAGAUGCCUUCUGGAGCUUUGAUUCAUGUGCCACGAUACUUAAGCAACCUGCACUUCAGAGUCUGGAAAAAGAUGCAGGACAUCGUCCAAAACACUCCUGUGAUUCUGGAUCCAAACACGGCUCAUCCACGUCUUGUCCUCUCUGAUGAUCUGACCAGUUUGAGAUGGAGCGAGAACAAACAAUCAGUUCCUAAUAAUCCAGAGAGAUUUGAUGAUUAUUACUGUGUUCUGGGUUCAGAGGGUUUUAACUCAGGAACACACUGCUGGGAUGUGGAGGUUAAAGAGAGUUUAUGCUGGAGUAUAGGAGUAACUACAGCAUCAAACAAAAGGAAGGGGUGUGAUUUCUAUAAUUCUAAUGUCUGGAGUGUGCAGUAUGAUCAGUAUGGACUGUAUGAACGGUCUGGUUUUCAUAUUAAACAGUAUCUUGAGCGUGUGAGAGUUGAUCUGGACUAUGACAGAGGAACGGUGUCAUUCUCUGAUCCUGUAGCUAACACACAUCUACACACAUUCACAACCACCUUCACUGACACCGUCUUUCCAUCCUUUGAUAGUUUUUCCCCUCUCAGGAUCUUACCGUUUCGUAGUCAGUAAACAUUAAACCUGCAGGGCUGGAUCUUCCUGCUUUCAUCUUUUAUAUUCAUAAAUUAAUUUUCUUUUUUUCUGUAGUAAUUCAGGGUUAUUUACCAUUUACCCCAAGCUGUGUGGUUUUACCAACUCCCUGUUGUCUUAAAAUUCCUAUGUAUUUUGUCUUUGUUGGAACAAAUUUUCAGUGUCACUGGGAUUCAUUAAAGGACUCACUGAAAUCUCUUACAAACUUUGACUCCAUUUCAGAACAAAUUGUGAUCUCUUGAACUUGUUUGAACAGAUGUGUGAUAUCAGUGCCAUUAUCUGAAUAAAAUGUUAUGCUGAACAUGGCCAAAGUUUAAAAAAAAAUGUAUAUAUAUUUGGAUAUAUGACACAUUUCUGAGUUAAAUACAUUUGGUCAGGGUUCGUGUAAGUUUCGGGAAGUUUUUUUUUUUUCCCCAAGUAUGGCCCUGUAUAUAAUGGAAUAUAGAAGAGAAUAUAGAAGAGAUUGUGUUCAGUUGAAAAAAAGUUGUGAUUUUUACCCAGACAUUUUAAAAUUACACAUUGUAGAGAUGUAACUGCAAUACCGUGAUACUGUGAAACCUUGGUAUUUUUGCUUAAGGUUAAAAUAUUCUCUAAUUCUGUCAUUCAUGGACACUUGAUCGUCUUCACACGGAACUGAGGUACAAGAACUGUCUCUUUCCAACCCUUUAUUUUGUGUUGUAACAGUUAAGAGAGACAAUCAUUCAUAUUCAAAAUCACCAUCUAGAGCUCAGUCAAAUAAAGCAGCAAAUUGUCAAAGUACACAAGACACAAUCAGUAAGAUAAUAAAAAUGC